UGAGUCAACACGGCGAAGCUCUCCAAGGACUUGAAAGGGCGCUCAGCUGCUUUUGGACAGCAAUUGAACCUUAUCUAAGGUCAAUUGACUUUCGCGACCAGCCGCUACUGCACUGCAAAACUACCCCUCCAUCUACCCCGCGGACCCUCGCAGUAUUUGCUUAGAUAAAGCAUCAGGAAGGAUCGAGACGAUACAAUAACAAAGAUGGCGUCCACAGUAUCAACAGCAAACGAUGAGGAUCCCAAGGUCUCGAUCACACCACUUCUCAAACGACUCUGGCACGAAUCAACAUCGACAAAACCUACCGCAGACGAGAUCGCUGCUGCUCUCUCCUUGAUUUUCACAAACAGCCUAUCAGAGGUCCAAAUUGGUGCUCUUUUGACAUGUCUCCAUUUCACGGAUGAAGACAGACAGGCUGAUGUACUUGCCAAAUGCUCAAAGGCUAUGAGAGACUUCUCGACCAAGAUCGAUUUUGAGUCGCUCAAUCAAGUACUUCAGAAACGUGGAAGGAGGGAGGGCAACUACCAUGGAGGUCUGGUCGACAUAGUUGGCACUGGAGGUGACUCGCACAACACCUUCAACAUCUCAACAACAUCUUCUAUCCUCGCUAGUGCCCUGCUCAUGGUCGCAAAGCACGGCAACAAAGCUUCAACAUCGCGCUCUGGAUCGGCAGAUCUUCUGGCUUGCGCCCCACCAAAGGCCCCAAUAAUCACAGCGGUCGCACCUAGAACCAUCAACCAAGUCUACUCGGAAACCAACUACGCCUUCCUAUAUGCGCCGAUUUUCCACCCCGGAGCGAGACAUGCUGCCUCGAUCCGCAAGCAACUCGGCUGGCGCACAAUCUUCAACCUCCUAGGACCCCUUGCAAACCCCCUGCACGACCAGAUCGAGGCACGAGUCCUUGGUGUAGCCCGCCGGGAAAUCGCCCCUGACUUUGCUGAAGCACUGCGCCAAUCUGGCGCAAGAAAAGCCCUAGUCAUGUGCGGUGACGAGGAGCUAGAUGAGCUCUCCUGCGCUGGACCAACACACUGCUGGCGCCUGGAAGAGAACUCUUCAGGCGAAGUCGAUAUCAACUUCUUCAAGCUCUCCCCUGAGGACUUCGGGCUACCGACACACCCAUUGAGCGAAGUAUCGCCAGGUCAAUCGCCAGAGAUGAACGCUGAGAUUCUGAUGAAGAUCUUGACGGGUGAAGUCUCGCCCGACGACCCAAUCUUGCACUUCGUCUACAUCAACACCGCUGCCCUGCUCGUCAUCAGCGGUAUCUGCGAUGCAGAUACGAGCGACAUGGGCGAAGGUGACGACGGCAAUGUCAUCAAAGAAGUCGGCCCUGGCGGCGGGCGCUGGAAAGAGGGUGUUCGAAGAGCGAAAUGGGCUAUCUCGAGCGGCGAGGCGUACAGACAGUGGCAAAACUUCGUCGAGGUCACUAACAGGGUGGCCUAGAAGUCUUUCCCGAUCAAGAGGUCUUGUACAUACAUCUUUCCGAGGCAAAAUCU